AAAAUAUGUACACUAAGAUGGGACAUGAGGGCAUAAAUCUAGCUAAUUAAUGGAACUUCCAGAAAAAUGUCAUAAUUCAAAGUAUUUCAAAAUUAUAAAUAUAAAAUUGACAUGUUCAUUAAAAAUUUUUGAAAAUGAUAGUGUGAAUCUUGGUCAAGGAACGAAAGGAGUUAUCAAUCCACUGAAGAGUUCACUGUGAGAUAUGUGUGAAUUCUAACUCAAUAAAAAAAUGGUCAGCGAACUCAAAAUUUGCGAAAGAAAUUGUCUUAAGUGACUGGUUGACGCAGCCCCGAACGGAUUACAAUUAACUGUCAUCUCUAAACCCUGAACAACUGCGUAAAAUAAGUUGUAAUAAACAAGAAAAGGUGGAAGGGGAGUAAAGUCAGUCAGGUCUCGUGCCAAUAAUAGCUUCGUUUCUCCUUAGCUUGUCGAUAUCUGCAUGUUGAUCGUGAAGAAUGCAGAUAGAAAGGUGUUUUCGAAUAAAUGAAAAAGUACACGAGUUAACCAGCGUCGAGCAAUAGAUUGGCGCACUAUUUACGCUUGUGCUAAUGAAACCAGUUGCAGUGACAUAGUUACAACGCGCAUCGAGCUAAGUGUUUAUCUAGUGAUUGCUGAAGUUCAAUGUACAAGAUGAUUCAUCACAUUUUAGUCUAAAUAUAACCGAAGGGAACGAGUUGUCGAUCGUCAUUACAUUGAAUCUGCAGUAGUACUUUACGUCGUUUGCAAGCAAAUAUCGCAAUGGAGGAACUGGAAGGGCCAACUUUUGAAAAUGGCAUUUGGAAAGGAGUUGAGCGGCCUCCAAUGCCGGACUGGCCACGAUUCAGGACUAUAUUAUUGGAACGUCUCAAUAAAUAUCCAUUUCGCGUGAGCCAAAUCGAUGCUGUGACUGGCCAUAAAGAGCUCUAUGGCGAUACCGCAGAUAAAAUAACGAGUUGUGCUGUGUGGUUGAAGAAACAAAAUGUACAACCUGGUGAUAUUAUCAGUAUUUGUAGUUACAACAAUUUGAAUGCAGUUGUACCUGUCAUUGCAUCUCUUCUUGUUGGAGCCCUUCCUAAUCCUUGGUGGGACGUGAAUCUGACUAAUGAUAUGAUAAGAUACUUCUUAAGCUCUGCGAAACCGAAAAUUAUAUUUUCUGAUGAACGCAAGUGUAAACAAAUAAAAGAAGUGAUGGACGAAACUGGAGGAUGCAUAACCAUUGUCUGUCUCAAUGAUGCUCUUGGCUUUGAGUGUCUGAGCCACAUCAUAGAGACCCAGGAGUCUGAUGAACUACUGAAAUUUAAAUGUGAGGAUUUGCAGGAUUUGAAAGAACCGGCAUUGCUACUGCCUACUUCUGGCACAACUGGAUAUCCAAAAUGCGCUGUUAUCCCAUACGGUUGGUUAAUGUCUAAGUUCUUGAAAAUGUCUGAGACUCCGGAGAUUAUUCUGGCUCCUGCUGGAAUCAGUUGGGCGACCGGUCUUAUGACCGCAGUGGUAUCGAUCGAAUCAUGUUCCACGUUGUUGAUACAUCCAGGACCUAAUGAGGACAUUAUUAUGGAACUUAUUGAAAAAUAUAAGGUGAAGCGCGUUACAUGUCUCAAUACAGCUUACAUCAUUCGAAUAUGGAAAAAUCAAAAUCGAAAGACCUACGAUUUAUCGUCUUUGGAAUAUAUAAUGUUGGGAGGAAGCACACUGCCGCCAGGAGCCGAUGAAUUUGCUGUGGAAUUUUUCAAAAAUAUCCAGGUCAAACAUGGAUACGGUUGUACCGAACUUUAUGGAUUAACGUUGCGACCUGAGUGGACGCGUAAGCCAGGAUCAUGUGGGCGAGUUCUGCAUAAUCUUCAGUUGAAAAUCAUCGACGUAAAUACUGGUGAAAUAUUGGGACCUAAUCAAGAAGGAGAAUUAUAUGCCAAAUAUCCAUAUAGAAUGAUUGAAUAUCUCAAUAAUCCAGAGGCCACCAAAUCAGCUUUUGAUGAUGAAGGAUGGUUCCGCACCGGUGAUCUGGCCUAUUACGAUGAUGAUGGAGAAUUCUUCGUCGUUGACCGCUUAAAAGAGCUGAUCAAAUUCAGAAUAGUCUUCCACAUCGCACCGAUUGUGAUUGAAAAGGUCAUCUUGAGUAAUCCUGGAGUACUUGAAGCUGCCGUAAUAGCAAGACCACAUUUGGAGGAUACUGAGCAACCAAUGGCUUUCAUCUCGCUACAUUCUGCCGCCAAAGAAUAUUAAAAAUCAAUUAAACCGAAGAAAUAAAAAUUGAUGAACAACGUUGAAGGGGAGAAAGAUAAUUUACGCAGUUAGAGUAAAAUGAUGAACCAUAAAAUUCAGGGGAUAAAGGCAUGCAUCCACAGACUGGACACAGGUAUGUAACAUAUCUAACCUGAACGAUCGGGUUGUGGGGUGCAGGGUCUUGGGGAUCGUACCUCCUCUACCAGCAGGUCCUGGAUGUACGUGUCGAACCCCCGCGGCGACUCGCCACCAUCUCGCACUCGGUGCCUAUUUCCAUCGGAUAUCGCCGUCAGAUCGCUCCUUGAUUAAAAUCCGCAAGCCUCCCGAUAUACGAACCACCGAACUUUACCCAACCUCCUGUCCUUCCUCUUCCCUCACCAGACCAAUGGAUUCAACCAUAAAUACCAUCAGCAGUUGGCCAAGCCAACUGCACACGCACCUGGAACCAGUUGAAACCAAAAAUAUCCCUUUUUCACCAUCACAAUUGCAAAAAGAGGACUCGAAGGGCUGAAGAAUGGACUUUUGCAGUAUUUGCAUUGUAUUUUUAUUUUCGAAUUAUCUUAAGGCGAAUGCCCUAUCGAGAGCCAAAAUUGAUUUUUUUGUAUUAAAGCUAGAUAUGAAUUCCGGUGGCUCGUGACUUUUUUUUAUUGAUAACAAGUGACGCCAUACUUUUCAUUUGGGCAUAUGAAUUCUUAACUCCCAAAUCAAAUUAUCAAAAAAUUAAUUUACAUAAAUGAAGCUACAGUAUUUCGGCACAAUGAAAAAGUAAAUCCAAACGUAUAAUAAUCAUGACAUUUUAUAAUUAUUAUUUCUUAGUACAAAACUUAUAAACUUUAGACGCUUAUUAUAACUAUUUGGAUGUAUUAUACAACAAAAUUCGAGCGAAGAAAACUGGAGCCAUGGAACAAUAAAGGAUGAAUCUUCAAAACGA